AUGUCAAACACACUCAAAGGUCUGGACACUAGUGCACACACUAUUGAAGAGCAUUUCAAAAGAUAUCGUCUACUGCCAGAGCCAGAGCCAGAGCCAGAGCCAAAGCCAAAGCCAAAGCCAGAGCCAGAAGUUGAAAUAGGCCCAAAGGAUUUUCUACCAUCUUUCCCUGAGAAGUUUGAUGGUCUACAAGGUUUUUGUAAAUGGAUAGAGAGAGUAGAAAGCAAUUUCCGGAGUUUUCCGUUGUCAGAGUAUGACAAAGCUGAACUUGUAUUCAACACAUUGCCACAGGAAGGAGAGGUUUUCAGAUGGUGGCAAGGUAUCCAAAAUUUAAGCAUGCAAGUCGAUAAUCGCAAGUUUACUUGGGAUGAGAUGAAGUUGCUGUUUAUGGCUGAAUUUGUUUCUACAGAAUGUUUGGUACCCAACAAGAAAUCCAAAACAUCCUUGUAA